CACACACACACAGACUUGCACACACACACAGACUUGCACACACAGCUCCAUGCUCCCACGUCACACACUCAUCACACGACUCAAUCGGUACGAGGAGAUGCCGGCAGCUGGCGGCCGCUGAAAAUCAGAGUACCAGCCCUACGGAGAGUCCAUCCAGACACACCUGCACCUCAGGACAGUCGGACAAAAAGACACCAGGGCAUCUUCUACCUGAUCCAUAACUCCGUCUCAGAGCACGCAACCUGAGCUCGAGCACACCUUAUUAAGCCACCAGUGAAACAAGACCGAGUGGACAGAACGUCUACGGGGCUGACGGUCAGUUCUGGUGCCUGCUGGAGACACAGCCUCAGGAUGCUGGCUAAAAUCCUGGAGGAUAUGUGGGUGGAGCCAGAGGUGCUGGAGGCCCUGAGCGAAGAACAGAAGAGGAUCCUUUUCCUCAAGAUGAGAGAGGAGCAGGUACGCCGCUGGAGGGAAAGGGAGGAGCGGGAAGGAGAGGACAUUGUCGUCAGCAGGUCAAAGAAAGCAUCCAGUAAGCGUGUGAGCUGGCUGCUCGGUCGCGAUGGAGACGUCAGCGUCUUUGUGAUCGGAGAGGUCGAUGAGUUCAGGUCCUCCAAACUUCUCCAGACCAUGAUGAACAACAGACUCCAACAUGAUCGUAUGAAUGGCAUCCAGACAGCAGACGUGCAGGCAGGAAAAGAGGCCCAGCAGCUUGGAUUAACAGAAGAAAGCCAUCCUCCCUGCAUGGACACGACCACUAACCACCAAUCAUCCGAGGACGAGACGGACUCCUGCAGCGCCGAUGACGACCUGAAGGACCCCGAUGAGGGCAGCGACAGUGAAUCAGGCAGCAGCUCGGACAACCUCGGCGACUGGGCUCCUCUCUACAGGCCCCAUCUUAGUAGCCAUGGCAACAAAGCAGCACUCAAAGCCCAGCUGUCAGGCGCAGAGAGGGUCAGCACACAAGCCAGAGGUAUUUUCAUUGAAGAGAAGACGUCAGAAUAUGGCGGCAGAGUGGCCCAACUCAAAAAAACAUUUGUGUCUGAUCGUCUCAGCUUCACCAAACCUCCUCUACCUGCCAAACCUGCUCAUCUACUGACCAGAGGUGCUCCCUUGAUCCAUUAGGACUCCACCUGACAUUCUGCUGUCACACCAAAACACUCAUGCUGAUUAGCGUCACAUGUUCGACGCCCAGGAUGACUCCGUAACUCGUUGACAUGGGCUGGGGUCCAGGAGGAUCCUCGCUCAGACCCAGAAGGUGAACUGAAUAUUGUGCAAAGAUAAGGACAAUCAUUUUCUAUUAGGACAACAUAAUUGGGUUUUUAAUGUUUAAUGCAUAUUUCAAUUACACGUUUUUCUUAUUCUGAUUUCAUUAGUUGUACUUUUGUGACCUGGAUGUGUUUCAAAGUAUAUUACUGAGUAUCAGUUACUGUGCUACCUUGACACACAAAAAAAUGUCACAUAGGCCAAGAAGAAGCUUAGUGAGGACGUGGAUAAAUAAUGCUGUUUAUAAGAAUCGCUAUGACGCUCCUCUACUUUUUUGCACUUUUGUUAACAGUUGUUACACUUUCUGAAAAGUAAUAGUGGACCAAAAUGGUUACUCAGACUUUUGACAUGUAUAAAAAGUACAUUAUGAAUAGUU